CUGGCGCUAGCCUUAGCUCUACCUGGAAGUCUGGACAUGGGGCUGGAGGAGGGCCUGGGCGCUGCCAUGGCUCACUACAAGGACACAGAGGUGCCUGGGCGCUGCCAUGGCUCACUACAGGGACACAGAGGUGCCUGGGCGCUGCCAUGGCUCACUACAGGGACACAGAGGUGCCUGGGCGCUGCCACGCCAAGCGGCUGUUGGAUGAGCUGCAGCUGAGGCACCACUGCUGCGGGCGCCAUGGGUUCAAGGAUUGGUUUGGGGUCCAGUGGGUCAGCAGCCGGUACCUGGACCCCAAUGACCAGGAUGUGGUUGACCGCAUCCAGAGCAAUGUGGAAGGCCUGUAUCUGAUUGACGGAGUCCCUUUUUCCUGCUGCAACCCCCACUCACCCAGGCCUUGCCUGCAAGACCGGCUCUCAGACCCCCACGCCCACCCCCUCUUCGAUCCCCGUCAGCCCAACCUAAACCUCUGGGCUCAAGGAUGCCAUGGGGUGCUGCUGGGGCACCUGCAGGGGCUGGCGAGCACACUGGGCAGCCUGCUGGCUGUCACCUUCCUGCUGCAGACUCCGGUGCUCCUGGGCCUGCGGUACCUGCAGACGGCACUGGAGGGGCUCGGAGGAGUCAUCGAUGGGGCAGGGGAGACCCAGGGCUAUCUCCUGCCCGGGGGGCUGAGGCACAGGCUGAGAACAGCCUGGCUGCAGGGAGGGGCUGCCCACAGGCCAGCGCCCGGGGAGGCCCCUCCAGAAGAGGCACCGCCUGGGGAGGAUCCACCUGAGGCCUAGUGGCCUGGAGCUGGGGCUGGGGGUCGGGCAGAGGGAGAAGGGGUGGAGAAGCAGGACACCUCACCACUCUUUUGCCAAGGCCCCUGGUGGGGAAGUUGGGGGGGAGGGGUCCCUGGGAUUAGAGCGGUUAAGAAUAACUAGCAAGCUGGACGGGGUAGGAGAAAUAACGAGGGGUCCGAGGGCCUAGCCCCUGUGGCCAGAACAGCCCAGAAACAGAAAUCCCAGGAGGUGGGCAAGCGGCAUGGGAGGCUGAGAGCUUCCCUGCGGACUCAAGGAAGCUUCCGGACUGAAGCCGCUGGUCUCCUCCUCAGGGGGUGGGUCCCUGAGAGAAUGGGUUUCUGUCCUAGAGAGAAGCCAGGAGGCCAAGGUUUUGACCCCGGUGAGAAUCAGAACGCAAGAAACAGACUAAUAAAACGAAAAGAAUGAGAGGCC